AUGGCGUCUUUAAGUAAUGAAACUCCACUUAUUUUAUAUCACUAUGCCGGGUCACCUUUUUCCAUGAAGAUAAUUUGGGCCCUGACGAUUAAAGGAUUGCCCUGGAAUUCAGUUACAGUGCCUCUCACUCUCCCAAGACCUUCAUUGCAACUACUGACACACGGAUAUCGCCGUAUUCCCGUACUUCAAUGCGGAUCCGACGUGUUCGUCGAUACUUCUUUAAUAUUGGAGGAGUUGGAAAGAAGGAAAGGAUCCGAUAAAAGUGACAAGGGCCUCGCUAAGUCCAUGAUCAUGUGGACCGAUAGAUACUUUUUUAGUGCCUCCAUACAAUCUUCCCUCGUCUCUACGGAUCCCUCAACUCCUAAAUUUCUUACUACAUCUAAUUUUCUCUCCGAUCGUUCCUCACUUAUGGGCAGACCAUUCAACCUCCAGAAACUCCGGUCCGACCGCCCCCAAAUUAUCGAUCAAAUCCGUUCCAAUCUUGAAUGGAUUGAGCAACAACUAGAUGAUGAUCGUGAAUGGUUUCUCGAUACUCUGACCCCGGGAAUAGCCGACAUCCAUGUCGCGACGAAUUUAUUCCUCCUGGGCUUCACUAGAAGUGCGAAUGAAUUGUCUAUUGCUCAGAAUUAUCCUAAGACUUACGCAUGGUUUAAUAGGUUUGGAAAAUAUAUUAAGGAAAGUGAAAAGCCACCUGUUAACAUGACUGAGGAAGAGGCAUUAGAGAUUGCAAGGAAGUAUAAACCAUUGAGUGCUAGGGAUGCACAAUUGGAGGAUAAAAUGGACUUAUAUAGGAAGGUGGGAGAUCGAGUCAGUAUUCAACCAGAUGAUUAUGGAAAAGUCCCGGUGGUGGGAAAGAUUGUUAGUUUGGGCAAUUCCCAUGUGGCCAUUAGGCCUAACAAUAUAGACAAAACCGGUAUUGAAGUGGUGGUUUGGUUUCCUAGAGCUGGAUAUGAUAUUAUUCCUAUUAACAAUAAUCAAGUUUCUGGAAGAUUGUAA